AUGGGAGCACUAACGAGAACAAACAAAGCCGGAAAGCACACUUUUGGAAGCUACGGUAGCAUCGACAGUGAGAAGGCUCAAAUGUGGCAGUCGCAAGCGGUCGGUUCCAGUAGCGGUGGAUACGGUAGGUCAGGAACCUACGGCAACAACAUGGAUUACAGCAGCGGCCACUCACUUCCCACUACAGGAUACGGUAGUUCAGAGCCAGCUUACAGCUCUUCUAACCCGUAUAGUGCGAGUUACCAGGGCGGGUCAGACAACAGUUACGGCACACUUGGUCGGUACAGCAACAACGACUACUCAAAUUACGGCAGUCAAGUAGCCAGUGGAAUGAACUCACAAUGGAAUGGGCAGGCAUAUCAGCCGCAAAGCUACAGCAGCCUUCCAACACAGGGUUAUGAUAACUUUGGAUGGCAACCGUAUCCCACUCAGGAGUCAUCGUGGCCACAGCAAAAUUACCAAACUGCUGAGAGUGACUACACUCAGAAUAGUGGUUAUGGUAACAUGCAGGUGGAGCAGAUGCCAAGCUCUGCUUACUCGGACUAUCAGUAUCCGAGCUCCUCGUAUAGUACUCCUAAAGUAAAAGCUGGAUCCACUGGCGGAUCCUAUGGUGCGGGUAAUGGGGCAGAUUAUAGUCAAGCCAAUCAACAAAACUAUAACUACGGUAGUUAUAUGAAUACUGAUGCCCAGACAAGCUAUACGGGAUCUAGUAACCAAGUUCCAUCAUAUACAUAUAUAGCUCAAGCUAUGGAACGCCAACAAGUAGCGGAUCAGACUACAGCACCGACAACGGCUACCUUCAGCAAGGGAACUAUGGCAGCAGCAACAACGGCUAUGUCCAGCAAGGGAACUACGGCAGCAGCAACAACAACGGCUAUGUCCAGCAAGGGGAACUAUGGUAGCACCAAUAAUUGGAAUCAGUACGGCUCCUCGGAUUCCAGUGGCUAUCAGACCACCUAUCAACCCUCGUGGAACUACGGCAGCUCCGACAUUCAGAGCGGUGGCUACGAUUAUUAUAAGCCCGCUCAGGAGUAUAGUACUGCACAGAAUUACGGUAGUGCCGGUUACCAAACCAGUGCUUAUAAUCCAUCGCAGACAACAGGAAACUAUGGUAACUCUUAUGGGGCAAACUACAACUAUAACAAUGACUAUCAGCAAGGCCAAUAUAGUAACUAUGGUGGUGGACCGCAAAUGGAGUUCACGAUGAAUGUUGGAUACGGUAGCAGCAGGGCAUCAAAAGGUACCAAGGGUAAGCAGUCACUCACCAAUAACGCAGCCCUAAGUAGCCUUGACGAAGAUGGUUAUAGAAUCACAGCGAAGUAG